AGUGGGCUAAAAAUUGCAAUAUCAGCUCCUAACCUUGGGUCAGGUAAGCCAGCUGUGCUGCAAUGGAAAGGGUGGCAGUGCCUGAGCUUUGCUAUAAAAUGGAGAGCACAACUAGCUCUGAGACACAAGCAGGGUUGAAAGGGUCUCAGAGAAGGAGAACUCUCGUGUCCUGUCGCCCUGACAUCCACCCAAAGCAGCAGGGAGGUUACCAUGGCUUUCACCAGCUCUGCUUUGUUCAGAUCACUGGUUUUGGUGCUGGUUUUAGCCCUCACUGUGAAGAGCUUACCCCACAGAAAGGCUGGUGCCUCUGCGAGGCUGAGUGAAGGUUGCCUGAACCAAAAGGAUCUCAAAUACCCCACAACAGUGAAAGUUGACAUUCGUAUCAGCAGCUCAGACCCUGCCUUUAGGAUGGUCCAUGACAUCAGGAACCGGUCCCUCGCUCCUUGGGAUUACAGCCUGGAUGACGAUCCCAACCGCUUCCCGCGCGUGAUUGCCGAUGCCCGGUGCCGCCUGUCCGGCUGUGUGAGCCCCCUGGGGCAGGAGGACCACAGCCUCAACUCCGUGCCCAUCAAGCAGGAGAUCCUGGUGCUGCGGCGGGAGCAGCGCGGCUGCCUCCACUCCUACCACCUGGAGAAGAGGGUCAUCACCGUGGGCUGCACCUGUGUCACUCCGGUCAUCCAGCACCAGUCCUAGGAGGAAUGUCUAGGGAAGGCAACAUUGGGAAGAGGAAGUAUCUCCCAUAAACAUCCCGCUGGUGAAAUCCCACAGCCGCCCACCUCGCGUCCCAGGAAUUCCACACACCAUUCCCCUUCCAAUUCUGAGCAAAUUGUCUCCUGAAAGUCGUGAUUCUUGCUGUUGUUCAUGUAUGGAUUUUAGGAUGGGAAUCACUGGUAGCUGGUGAUGGAGGGGAGGAAGAGUUCUGUUUGUGGCCCCAAGCAGUGAGAGGGUAAAGCAGUGCUGUUCAAAAUUUAUUUUUCAUUGUGGUUUAUAUCAGUUUGGUGAAUCAAAUUAAUUAUAGUUUCCAAAGUUGUUCUUGGCAGUAAAUUGCCCUAAUUGAACAUAUGCCCACCACCACUGCCAUAAAAAAUGCCUCCUCUCUCCUUUCCUCUCUUCCUCCCUCCCUCCCUUCCUCAUCCCUAUCUCCUUUCCCUCUCUGGCCAUCCCUGCUCUCUGGGAUAUUACUGGUGUCAGUCAGACAUUGGUGCCACCAGGCCUGCUUGUCAGCACACUCUGGGUUUGUGUCACUGCUUGUCCGUGGGAACAGAGAUUGAUUUAUUGCAGAACAUUUUGGGAGAUACUUGAGUCCACUUUGUUGAGUGUUAAAAUGUUAAAGACCCAACAGAUAUCUAUAUUUCUAUUUAUGUCUUCUAUUUAUGGCGGUAUUUAUGGAUCUGUGUGCGCUCAGAGUAUAAAAAAGAUUGAUACAUUUAAUCUGUAUUUAUUAAAUAACUUAU